AUCGACAAUUACCUCCUAAAGACACCAGAUCAUGGCCAUCUUCACUCCAUAUACGCUGAUCAGGACCAUCUCGCUGUUCCACAUCACCGCUGCCUACUUCUUCCUCACCGCGCCACGAGUCUUGGCCGAUCAGAAUGUGGUAUACAUCUUGGGAGAAUCCAUGCGGAUAAAUCAUGCUACGUCCAUGGACAAGCCGAGUGAAGCCACUGCCUUCAUCGCUGUGAUUCUGGCCUUUCUGGGAGUGGCAGAUCUCACAGCAGCCAACAUGAACGAGAACACAGCGCUGGAAUACUGGCUUUCCAACGUACCUGUACGCCUAACCUUCCUAUUUGGCCUAACGGGCUACGUCUACCUCUUCAAGGAGGAUGGGGUUUUCGGGUCUGGAUCUGCUGCAGCUAUUGGCAUUGGCGAGCCGCUUCAAAACAGUCUCGUUUUCAGCUUUGGCUUCUUCGAAAUCGCCAUGUGGUUCUGGAUUUUCAACAGCUUGCGCGAAGAGAAGGGAGCAGUUGUGCGAAAGCGACUGGAAGAGCUGAAGUCGCAAGACGACAGGCUUUGAUCGGGUAUGGUGGUGCAGCCGCCUGAGGCAGGCAAUGGCAGUCUAUACAUGUCUUACUGCAACCACUUGAGCAGAGCAUACUGCUGGCCUUCUUCCAAGUCCUCACACAGAAGCUCUUGAUGCCGCGCUAUUGCCAGCACGCUCUCCUCUCGAAAGGCGAAUUGCAUGCUCAGGCUCCAAUAGAACCACUACAGUGCCUUCGAUUCAUGAGUGUGAGACGAGGCUUCAGACAUGAUGAAUGACGAUUAUCAUCAUCUCCAUUGGAAAAGACCACCAACAUGCCAGCCACAGUUUGUAGUGCCUCAGUGGCAGCAUACGUUCAAUUCAUUCCAGCAUCAAAU